AUGCCACACUUCACCAACGAACCCGAGCCGUCACCUACCACUCUCUCAGGGAGCGAAACCGCGAUCGAAACCUCCAGCGCGGUCCAUCCUCCGGUCUCGGGAGGCGCGGGGGCUGCUCCCGAUAGCAGCGAGGGAGCUCUGAGCAAGGAGGAGGUGAACCGAUUGUACGAGGAGCGGAUGGAGGAGGAUCGAACCGAUAAUAUCUGUAUUAAAUAA